GCUAAAUAAAACCAUCGACGGUAAUCCUUCAUUACUAGAACCUGAUGCGGGUACUCUCUGACUGUUAGCUAGCUAGUAUUUGCACUGUUAUAAUAAGAAAAUGGACAACUCGGGGAAAGAGAAGGAAGCGAUUCAGCUUAUGGCUGACGCUGACAAGAAAGUUAAAACUUCUGGCUCGUUCUUGGGAGGCAUGUUUGGGUAAGAACGCUGCAGUAGCAAGAACGAUGUCAAUACAGCUAACGUUAGCUAGCGCAUCAUCAGUAAGCAUGCUAAAUCAAACUCUCUGGGUAUUAUGUUUAGCUAUCGUUAGAUAUUAAUUAUUGGCACCAGGCCAUGUAGCUAUAUAAUGCUACAAGAAGUCACUGUGACUAUAGGUAUUUAAGGGACAUACCUCAGUCCAAGCAUGCCAUAGUAAACAUGUAUCAUAAAAAGAACGCGCUAGUAGCUAGCUAGAUCAUCAUGAAGUCUGAGUUUAGCCAUUUGGCUAGCUAGCAAUGCCAUUGAGGCUUCUAAUUAGCAAGCUGCCUAAUGUUACCUAGUCAGCUAAUCUAAACCUUGAAAUAUGCAGACAAUGGCGAUCUGUCAAAUUUGGGCAGUGGAUCUGAUGUUAACUAGCUAACGUUACCUAUGCAUCUUUUGGAUGAUUUGUGGACAUCCUGUACAUUUAGCUACUGACACUGUCUACCACAAAGCAGCUAAAUUAAUCCAUUUUCAAGUGAAUGUAAACAACUUAGCAGCCGGUCACGAAUCUUGGGCCUGAGGCUGUGCCAUGAAAGCUAGCUAAAACGGCUAAGGCCCAAAUGGCAGGCUAUUACUCUGCAUACAUACAUUUUAAUUGUUCUAGUUGCAUUUUUUUUUACGCCUACUCACAAGAUAUAGGGUAAUUUGAUACAGCACACCAAUUCGGUCUUGUCUUUUUUAAUCCUUUCUAUGAGUGUAUAUAUCUAUAAGUGUAAUCCUAUAUGCCACCUUUGUGUGACAUAUUUAUAAAUGCAUUUGCCAGUAAUUUAUUCCAAUAGAAUAGUAGGACGUAGGAGUAGGUGUCUGCCAAUUCUAAGGCCACUGCAAUGCAGGUCAGUCAGGUUAGUCCCUGGUGCAUCUAGCCAGCCAGACUUGGGAGGAUCCUAUAUUUAGCAGCCUAUUGUUGCCUGUUGCCUGUCUGUCGGUACCAUACAAUAUUAGUGAACAGAAGAAUACUGUUGCAUAUGAUACAUUUGGUGUACAUACACUAAGACUUACUGCAUUCAGUUCCUGGCAGACAUCCAAUUGUCUUCUUAAUUAAAUGAAAUGUCUCUCAAAGCAAUGUAAUGGGAGAGGUCUAAAUCUGACACAUCUUACUCUCCCUCAUUAGAGAAAAGCCUCCCUAUAUGUCUGGCCUCAGGGUACAGCCUUUCUACUGUACUAUAUCAGUGGAAAACCAUUAGGAUCUUUCAGUUUUAGGUAUAUCCAUUUGGCAUCAGCAAUGCGUUGUUACUGUGUGGAUUGUCAGGAGAGUGUUUAAUUUGGUACGAUCAAUGACUGAAUAUAAUUUAACACUCUGUUUUUGACUGCAACUAGGCCAUGUAGCUAGAAAUCUAAUCAACAGGAACAGCUGUCAAACUUGCAGCACGCCAGACAUCAAAUAAGGAUGUCUGGUAUGCUGCAUCAAAUAAGGACCGACAUAGGGUCGGCAUAGCCUGACAUAGGGUCGGCAUAGCCUGACAUAGGGUCGGCAUAGCCUGACAUAGGGUCGGCAUAGACUGCUUGAUCUUGAAUCUACACACAAUAGAGGAACGCUGAUGAAGGCUUUAAAAACCCUCUGCUUUCUAUUAAACCGUGUGGUUGUUAGGCCUAUGAUGUUAGAAGGACUGGACUGAGUUGCUAAUCACCAGCUGUGUACAAUAUGUCCUAUUUAUGUGAGUGAUUGGGCAGGAUUCAGUCAGAUUGAGGACAUUGAUUUGAGUAGGCAGUGACACUGGGUAUUGGAUCAGUGAACUGUGGUGUGGACGGUGAUUUCUGUUUUGAUCAGGCUAAGGAGAGUGUGUGAGAUGGGACUAUGGCUCAGUGCGUUGUUGCUUUAAGUCUAAGAAGUAACCCACAACAUGUCUACUCCACUGUCCACUGUAUGCUCAGGGUGCCUGUAUGAUAAAGACAAUAGCUUUUUUCGAGUGCAUCCAAACCGUGAUGUAUCAUCGGUAAAUUGAGACAAGCUGACUGAUCUACAAAUAAUAUUGAGUAGUUAUUUAUGAUGCAAGGUGAUUUGUAGAUUAAAAGUCGUCUGCAAUGUCGAACGCACCCAAAUGAUGUCAUCCUGGUCAGAGCAUCAUUCGUCUACAGCUGGAGGAAACUCCCAGGGAGUCGGGUCUGGUAGUAGAUCGCAGAGAGAAAUCUAUAUCAUCACCGUCCAACAUCAGCUGACUGAUGUCUUCACUCUAAGCAGCAUAAGGGCCUGGUGAAUAGAAAGUGCUUGGUUGAUGAAAGCACUGCACUGCAUUUUCUGGUAUUUUCGACCACAUUGUGUCGUGGUCUGUUAAUCCUAUGUAUUUUUCUCUCUACAGCGGACCUCAUAAAGUUGAGGAGGCAUGUGAGAUGUACUGCAGAGCAGCUAACAUGUUCAAGAUGGCCAAGAACUGGAACGGUACACUUCUGUCUGCUCUAUUUCACACUAAACACGGUUGACCUUGAUGGAAUGAUUCGCCCAUUAGUCAUUGCGUGUCAUUGUGUGCAUUUUUGACGAAGGUUGUAAUUAAAACAAACGUUAUUUAAAUGCUGUCAGUUUAGGAAGACUCAGUUGUCCUUUUUCCAGUUGACUCUGUAGAUAGGCGAGAUGUCUGUAAUUUCCAGUAGCCUACACGCAUGGAAGACCAUGGCAGUGUGUGCUGCCUGCUGCCCUCUGUGUGGCGGGAGGGAGUCAUUGCAGUUUGGAGUCAUUUUAGCUGUGUGAUUGCAUCUGUAGUAGCGCAGCACUAUUCUUGGAGGGCCUCGAGGAACAAGGCCCAAAGAAUGUUCUUCAUGUUGCGGUUACGUGUGUGUCGUUCUGUCUCUCCAGCUGCUGGUAAUGCGUUCUGCCAGGCGGCCCGGAUCCACAUGCAGCUCCAGAACAAACACGACUCGGCCACCAGCUUCAUCGAUGCAGGAAACGCCUUCAAAAAGUCUGACCCCAACGGUGAGACACACACCACACAAUCAAUCAAUCAAUCAAUCAAUCAAUCUAAUGUGGUCAGCAAGCAGGGUAACAUGAUGAAAUACAUACAGUCCGUGCAGAAGAUAGUAAAAAGAACCAGAGAUGAACAUACACCACACAAUCAGUCACUAGACUGCAGUAAUUCUCCCCAAACAGCCUGCUUUAACUUCCAUUUUCUACAUUUUUGUCCCUUAUGAAAGCAGCAAAUAACGUAGUGAAUCUGAUGUUGGGUGUUCAUUUCUCAGGGCUAAUAGAAGUCAGUGGGAUGUGUCAGUCAGAUAGAUCCACAGGCAGCAGUGGGAGUUGAGGUUCUAGAACUGUAACUGGAGCAGACUGGGCUCUACGGAGAAGCAGGUCUACAGGGACAAUUCCAGUCCUUUCUUAGUGACACACAUGUGAUAAGUCCCCGUCUCUUGUAGUGUGUCAGAAAUCAGGCCACCCUGUAUAGGUUGUCUGUUUGUAUCUGACGUGGGCCAAUCAUAUUCUUCCCCAGGGUUAGAUCAGAGGAGAUAGAGCCCUGCUAUAUUACUCUGACUAUAUUGCAAACCAAUUGUAUUUGAGUACCAUACAAUAACUAUCUAUUGAACUGAAUGGAGUAGAAUUGAGUAGCUCGCCAGUGCUCCCUCCUCUCCACCUUUGGUAUGAUUAAUACUGUAGAGCUGUGGGGCUGGAGUCCCAACCCUGGGAUGGUUAUUAUUGAGGUUAGUCUACCAUGCUGUCUGACUGGAAGUGGAUUUUAUGAAUAAACCCCGGUUGCCACCCACCCACCAGCAGUGGUGGUGAUUGAAUUAUAGCCUACUGUACUGUAGCCUAGCAUAUAUCCUCCUAGCUAGAUUAAAUACACAGCCAGCCACAAGGAUAAAUUAUACGAUUGAAUAUUAUGUCACUUUGAACUAACCCUGGAGUACAAUACAAUUAAUAUUAUUAUAUAGGAUUUAUGGCAUUUCCAGAUGAUAACCUAAACCAGAGUAUGUGAGCGGAGUUGAGCGGUCGGAAGUCCUUUCCAACCAUUCCGCUAAAAAAUGCUCCUCACUCACAGGAAAGAAACUGCCACUCCAAAUUCGCUCCAUUCAUUAAAAUCACAAUUUAACCAACACCCAUCAAUGCUUGUGACUUACCUAGACCUACCAUUUUUGGUUUUGAAGUAUUGAAACCAAACCAUAUGAUUUGAAUGAAAAGUAUUAUUAUAAACAUGAAAAGUUGAAUGUAAGAAGUGCUCAUCAUUUCAAAUAGGCUACAUGUCGUAUUAAACAGCAAAUAAACACUCUAAAUAGGUCAGGAGCCAGACAGGGAGCCGAAGAAGGAACUGAAUAUCCUCUCCACACUUGCAGAGCCACUGGGGAUGCUAAACACCCUUCUGGUCACUCUUACCAGGCUGGACAGGGAUAUAGUUUAUUUUUAUAGGUAGUCCUAAAGGUCUUUAGGCAAAAUAACCCAAUCAAAACAGAAAGCUCCUUGAAAGUUGGAAUAUGCCAGGGCCUAUUGGGACAAAAUCAAUUAUGGCCUAUUGUAUAUAGAUAAUAGAACAAAAAUGAAGGAAACUUUUAAGAGAUCGGAUUUUUUGUUUAUAAAUACUUUGCUACACUGACACACUUAAUUAGCUACCCACCUUGUUCCUUUAUUUUAGCAUGUGCACAAAGUAAGCACACCAUCAUGCUUUUAGGAUAAGUGUCUUUUCAGAUUCCACAAUGAUUCUUUAGUUGUGGACACUACAUCACCGCACUCCCUCUCUUGGUCCUCAUCUUUGUAAGUCACCUUAAUUUUGCACCGCUGUGUUUUAUUAGUUUCUUUAUGAAAAUAUUUAGCUAACUCCAUGACAGUAGCUAAAGCAAGGGGCUAUAGCAGCACACAAGACUACAAAUGCAUGCUGGGCCGGGCAUGCCGUGAAGUGAACGCUAUUGGAGCGAAUUUGGAACAGGCGAGAAGGCCGACGCUCUAGCCUCUGGCAUCUCGCUCCGCGCUCCAGUCAAAUUGGGCAUGCUCUGCUCCACGCUCCAGCAAAUUGGGCAUGCUCUGCUCCUCGCUCCGCGCUCCAGUCAAAUUGGGCACGCUCUGCUCCUCGCUCUGCUCCUCGCUCUGCGCUCCAGUCAAAUUGGGCACGCUCUGCUCCUCGCUCCGCUCACAUAUUCUGACCUAAACUAAGAAAGGGGAAUGGAUGCUCAGAGGUGACAAAAUAAUCGUAAUGCAUUCAUUGUGCUUUCAUUCUUUACAGUUUUCAGAACCCUCCUUUUGGAUGUGAACAUUUUGACUCUGUUGUAAUAUGUAUCUAACCUACUUUAUCUAAUACUGCCUCUGCCAGUCUAACUCUCCCCUCUUCCUUUAAUGCUGCCAAUAGAGGCUAUCAAGUGCUUAAACGCAGCUGUUGAUAUAUACACAGACAUGGUAAGACAGACGCUCACAGACCGGGACAUGCUUGGCCAGAACCAUAUAAUGCAUUGUCAUGUGUCAACGUCAUCACAGAUUGUUUUACUUGUCAGGAUUGAUCCUUUUAGCCGUAGUUGUAAAAAUGUUCUGAUAAUGCCUGUUCUCCUCUGUAUUUCCAAUGCUAUUCUCUCACUAGCACCCUGCCUAUAGUGUAGCCUAGCCCCCUUGAGGACGCUCCUCUCUCUCGGUUUCAAGAGGGUGAUGUACUGUAUUGUUAGUAUGGAGUGGACACUCAAUGUCUGACGAAGGCCAUUUCAACUGCAACAUGUAGGUUAAGUUAAAGGACUUGACUUUCUGUCUGUAUACUUACAGCUGUAUUUAUGACUGGAGUGGCUCUUCUCCGUAACGUCAGUUAGUAAUGAUUUCUCUUCUCUGUCUAAAGCCACUUAGUAAUGAUCAGGACCCAGAGUAUUUCCUGGUCUGGCCACAUUAGUAAGGUAAAACUCCCGGCUCCAGUAUUGAUUCCUGUCCUGUGUUUUGCUCGUCCAGGGAAGGUUCACCAUCGCAGCCAAACACCACAUCACCAUCGCAGAGAUCUACGAGUCAGAACUGGUGGAUAUAGAGAAGGUACGUUUUAAUGUUGUGUCGUAGUAUAUGGACUAAUAAGGUGUUAGUCUGUGUAUAGCAAGAGUAAAAUACAUGAUAUGGAAUAGCUUACCAAUUUCACAGUUUCAUUUCCUUAUUGGUGAUUAAAAAAAAUAUAUGUUGGUACAUUAGAAUGAAAAUUCCUUUGCGUUUUCUUGAUCUUUACUCAAAACUGUUUUGGUUUCCCAUUCUCCCUGGUCCUGGUCUAGGCCAUCGCCCACUAUGAGCAGGCAGCAGACUACUACAAAGGAGAGGAGUCCAACAGUUCUGCCAACAAGUGUCUGCUGAAGGUGGGGGCCUACGCCGCUCAGUUGGAACAGUACGCCAAGGCCAUCGAGAUCUACGAACAGGUGUGUGUCCCACCUCUGCAUGCAUGCUUGUGUGUGCAUGUGUGUGUCUGAACAGAAACUGAUUUGUAUAUUAGUGGUUUCCCAAUUAAAUUGAUGAACACAGUGAAUCAACAAUGUUUGUGUGCGUGUCUCUCCAGGUGGGAUCCAGCACCAUGGAUAACCCCCUGCUGAAAUACAGCGCCAAAGAGUACUUCUUUAAAGCCUCUCUAUGUCACUUCAUCGUGGAUGAACUCAACGCUAAGGUCAGUUAGCAAUUAGCAGCAUCAUGUCCACUAGACCAGAGGGUUCAGUCCUUUUCUGAUUAAAUGAAGCAGUAAUCUAUCAUUCAUUUCUGCAGCUUGCUGUGGAGAAGUACGAGGAGAUGUUCCCAGCCUUUUCCGACUCAAGAGAGUGCAAACUGUUGAAGGUAGGUCAGUGACUCCAUCGAAAGCCUUCUAUUUGUUAAUUGUAUCCCUUUAUGUCAGGGAUCAUCAACUAGAUUCAGCCACGGGCAGAUGUUUUUCUUAAACGGAUGGUCGGGGGCCAGAUAUAUUUGACAAAAAACAUAAUUUCAAACCUUGCUUACAUUAGUAUACGAUCACGUCUCAAUAUGCGUGGGAAUACUUUGGAACAGAUUUCCGAUUUGCUGGUGUUUUGAAAGUCUUAUGUCCGCAAUAAAAAAUGUAUAAAAGAAAACAUUGUUUUAUUUUUUGCUCAGAAAACUUGGGGGGCCAAAUAAAAUCACCUGUGGGCUUCCAGUUCAGGAGCACCGCUUUAUGGUGUUGGUUAGGGUAAUGGAUUGAAGUUAUAGUACAAUGUGUACAGUUCAUUAUAUCGCAACGCACUUGCAUAGUAUGACGUAUGUUGUCCACUACCAAUGUAAAACACCUACCUCUGAUGCACGACAGCCAUUUUGCGGAAGCCACCUGACAACCUUAAAUCACUGUUGUUUUACAGAAACUCCUGGACGCUCAUGAGGAACAGAACUGCGAAGCUUUCACAGAAGCAGUAAGUCUUCAUUUUGGAUUGAUUCACCAGGCUAACUGCUUUGUCGUUACUUAUAAUUGAAUUGGUGAAAGCCAGGUCUCCAGUACAUGUCUUUUCACGAUUACAGUCAUGCAAGAUCAGUAAUUAUUUUAAUGGGGGGAAAAAAGGAUUGAUUUCUUUUGUAUUUGAACAGGUUCUUAGACUUCAUCUUAUUCCCUCCCUCCUCAGAUUAAAGAGUUUGACUCCAUCUCUCGUCUGGACCAAUGGCAGACCACAAUGCUGCUGCGCAUCAAGAAGACCAUCCAGGGGGACGAGGGGGACCUGAAGUGA